UGCUGAUUGGGUGUCGCUCCUGAAGGGAGGGGAGGCGGAAACAGCUUGGUGGGUGCGGGGUCGCACGGUUAGCUCAGCCAGGCGGAGGAGAGGUCCCGAAAUGGCGGUGCAGCCGAAGGAGACUUUGCAGCUGGAGAGCGUGGCCGAGGCCGGCUUUGUUCGUUUCUUCCAGGGCAUGCCGGAGAAGCCAACCACCACAGUGCGCCUCUUCGACCGGGGCGACUUCUACACGGUGCAUGGCGAGGAUGCGCUGCUGGCUGCCCGGGAGGUGUUCAAGACCCAGGGGGUGGUCAAGUACCUGGGGCCGGCAGGAGCAAAGACUCUGGAGAGUGUUGUGCUUAGUAAAAUGAAUUUUGAGUCUUUCGUCAAAGGUCUUCUUCUAGUUCGUCAAUAUAGAGUCGAAGUUUACAAGAAUAGAGCUGGAAACAAGGCUUGCAAAGAGAAUGAUUGGUAUUUGGCAUUUAAGGCUUCUCCAGGCAAUCUUUCUCAGUUUGAAGACAUUCUUUUUGGUAAUAAUGAUAUGUCAUCUUCCAUUGGUGUUGUGGGUGUUAAAAUGUCCACAGCUGAUGGCCAAAGACAGGUUGGAGUUGGAUAUGUUGACUGCAUACAGAGGAAGUUAGGAUUGUGUGAGUUCCCUGACAAUGACCAAUUCUCCAAUCUUGAAGCUCUUCUGGUUCAGAUUGGACCCAAGGAAUGUGUCUUACCAGGAGGAGAGACUGCUGGAGACAUGGGAAAACUGAGGCAGAUUAUUCAGAGAGGAGGAAUUAUGAUCACAGAUAGAAAAAGAGCUGAAUUUUCCACAAAGGACGUUUAUCAGGAUCUCAACCGAUUAUUGAAAGCCAAAAAGGGAGAACAGAUGAAUAGUGCUGUCUUGCCAGAAAUGGAGAAUCAGGUUGCAGUUUCAUCACUGUCAGCAGUAAUCAAGUUUUUAGAACUCUUAUCAGAUGAUUCAAACUUUGGACAGUUUGAACUGACUACUUUUGACUUCAACCAGUACAUGAAAUUGGAUAUUGCAGCAGUCAGAGCCCUUAACCUUUUCCAGGGUUCUGUUGAAGAUACCACUGGCUCUCAGUCUCUGGCUGCCUUGCUAAAUAAAUGCAAAACUCCUCAAGGACAAAGAUUGGUUAAUCAGUGGAUUAAGCAGCCGCUCAUGGAUAAGAACAGAAUAGAAGAGAGAUUAAAUUUAGUGGAAGCCUUUGUUGAAGAUGCGGAAUUGAGGCAGAGUUUACAAGAAGAUUUACUUCGUCGAUUCCCAGAUCUUAACCGACUUGCCAAGAAAUUUCAAAGACAAGCAGCAAACUUACAAAACUGUUACCAACUCUAUCAGGGUAUAAAUCAACUUCCUAAUGUCAUACAGGCUAUGGAAAAAUAUGAAGGAAAACACCAGUCAUUGUUAUUGGCCAUUUUUGUGACUCCUCUUAUUGAUCUUCGUUCUGAUUUCUCCAAGUUUCAGGAAAUGAUAGAAACAACUUUAGAUAUGGAUCAGGUAGAAAAUCAUGAAUUCCUUGUAAAACCCUCUUUUGAUCCUAAUUUGACUGAAUUAAGAGAAGUAAUGGAUGACUUAGAAAAGAAGAUGCAGUCAACACUAAUAAGUGCAGCCAAAGAACUAGGCUUGGAGCCUGGCAAGCAGAUUAAGCUGGAUUAUAGUACACAGUUUGGAUAUUACUUUCGAGUGACCUGUAAGGAAGAAAAAGUCCUUCGUAACAAUAAAAAUUUUACUACAAUAGAUAUCCAGAAGAAUGGUGUUAAAUUUGCCAACAGUAACUUGACUUCUCUCAAUGAAGAGUACACCAAAAAUAAAACUGAGUAUGAGGAUGCCCAGAAUGCCAUUGUUAAAGAAAUUGUCAACAUUUCUUCAGGCUACGUGGAACCAAUGCAGACACUCAAUGAUGUAUUAGCUCAGCUAGAUGCUGUCGUCAGCUUUGCUCAUGUGUCAAAUGGAGCCCCUGUUGCGUAUGUACGACCAGUCAUUUUGGAGAAAGGACAAGGAAGAAUUACGUUGAAAGCAUCUAGACAUGCUUGUGUUGAAGUUCAAGAUGAAGUUGCGUUUAUUCCCAAUGAUGUUCACUUUGAAAAAGAUAAACAAAUGUUCCACAUCAUUACUGGUCCCAAUAUGGGAGGAAAAUCAACAUAUAUUCGCCAGACUGGGGUGAUAGUUCUCAUGGCGCAGAUUGGGUGUUUUGUGCCAUGUGAGUUGGCAGAAGUGUCCAUUGUGGACUGCAUCUUGGCUCGGGUAGGGGCUGGUGACAGUCAAUUGAAAGGAGUCUCCACGUUCAUGGCUGAAAUGUUAGAAACUGCCUCUAUUCUCAGGUCUGCAACCAAAGACUCAUUAAUAAUUAUAGAUGAAUUGGGCAGAGGAACGUCUACCUAUGAUGGAUUUGGGUUGGCAUGGGCUAUAUCAGAGUACAUUGCCACAAAGAUUGGUGCCUUUUGUAUGUUUGCUACUCAUUUUCAUGAACUUACUGCCUUGGCCAGUCAGAUACCAACUGUUAAUAAUCUACAUGUCACAGCACUAACCACUGAAGAGACUUUAACUAUGCUUUAUCAGGUAAAGAAAGGUGUCUGUGAUCAAAGUUUUGGGAUUCACGUGGCGGAGCUUGCUAAUUUCCCUAGGCAUGUAAUAGAAUGUGCUAAGCAAAAAGCCCUGGAACUAGAGGAGUUUCAGAAUAUUGGGAAAUCUCAAGAUGAUGACAAAACAGAACCAGCAGCAAAGAGAUGCUAUCUGGAGAGAGAGCAAGGUGAAAAAAUUAUUCAGGAGUUUGUAUCCAAGGUGAAGAAAUUGCCAUUUAUGGAAAUGUCAGAAGAAGACAUCACAAUAAAGUUAAAACAGCUGAAAGCUGAGGUGGUAGCAAAAAAUAAUAGUUUUGUAAGUGAAAUCAUUUCACGAAUAAAGGUUACUACAUAAGAAGACACCACUAACGGAAUGAAGAUAAAAAUUGAUAAGCUAUGGUCUGUAAUACUUCUGUAUUGUUUUAUACUUAACCGUUUUCCCAUAAUGUUGGCUAUUGAUGGCCUGUGUGAUAAUCAGCUUAAUAAAACGUUUAGUACAAUACUUUGCUGUACGUACAUUUCAAAGAUCUUUAUUUUGAAAAACGAGCUGUAACUGAGAAAUAUUUAAAUGGAUGUAGGCAAUAAUAAACAACAUGUUGAAUUUUAUAAAUAAAAUCAUGUAGUUUGUAGAAUUUGA